CCUAUAUUAAAGGAGCAUUUAAUUAAAUUAAGGGAAAGUUAUUCCAAGGUUUCGUAUCUUUCCCCAAAAAUUCAAAAUGAAUUUAUCAGUUGUCUGGCAAGUCACGUAAAAGACAAACUUAUUGAAGAAAUAAAAUCCGCGCGAUAUUUUGGCAUGAUGUUUGAUAGCACUCCUGAUAUAUCUCACGUGGAUCAAAUGUCUGAGGUGAUCAGGUAUAUUAAAAUUGAAAAUAAAAAGGUAGAAAUAAAAGAGGCAUUUUUAGGAUUUUUUCCAUUAAAAGGAAAAAAGGCUCUGAAAAUAAGUACUGAAAUACUUAAACAAUUAGAAUCUGAUGAGUUAGAUAUAAUGAUGUGCCGCUCCCAGGGAUAUGAUAAUGCUGCUACAGUAGCUGGAAUCCACGGAGGUGUACAGAAAGUUAUUUCUGAUAAAAGUAAUAAGGCAAUUUUUAAUGGAUGUAUUGAUCAUUCCCUAAAUUUAUGUGUUCAGCAUUCUUUUGCAGUAAAUGCAUCUUGCGUUACAUUUUUUGGAACAAUUGAUGCAAUUUAUUCAUUUUUUGCUGCUUCUACGCAUAGGUGGGAAGUGUUAAUAAAGCAUACCAAUAUAUUAGUGAAAAGAUUGUCGACCACGCGUUGGAGUGUGGAGUGCACAUUAAAACGCCGUAGGCAACUAAAUAAAGCACUUUGUGUAUCAAAAGAACACGAUAUUCCAAUUGAGAGAAGAAUAAGAUUGAGAAAGAAGAUGGCGGGAGAAUUGGUAUGUGAUACUAAACUCACAAUAGAAGAAGAAAAUAAAAGAACUAUGUAUGAAUGUAUUGAUCGUCUAAAGGUUGAACUUCAAGCAAGAUAAAAACCAUUAAAAACUAUUUUAGAUACGUUUGAAUGUGUCCAAGCUAAAUUUUUAGUUUCUGAACAUAAUAAUGAAGAAGACUUGACGUUAUCUAUUAAAAAUUUAACUUCAUUUUAUGAUGAAAUAUCCCAUGAUGAACUAAUUUUGGAAAUUCCACGACUCAAGCAACAUCUUAAAGCAGCAGGAAUUAAUUUGGAAGUAGUUAAAAAUUGGACAGCUUUAGAUAUUUUGACUUUCAUCACAGAAUGGGACUUCACAGAAACGCUUCCAGUGCUUUCUCUUACCUUAAGAUUAUUCUUAACUAUUUGCGUGUCCGUUGCACCAUGGGAAAGGAGCUUUUCAAAAUUAAAACUGAUAAAAAAUUAUUUACGAUCAACUAUGGGCCAAUCAAGACUUUCUGAUCUUGCAAUAUUAUAUAUAGAGAGUGAGUUUGUCAAAAGCAUUGACUUUGAUAACGUAAUUGAUAAAUUUGCAAGUUUAAAAGUAAGAAAAGGAACAUUUUAAAGGUUAAGUGUUAUGAAAAUUUAGG